GUCUCUUGUCGAGCCGUGAGCGGAGCCUGGAGAGAGUCUUCUGCCUGACAUUCAAACGAGAGACAGGCACGCAUAGGCAGCCAAGUGCAGGCUCUCCCGAAAGAAAGAAAGACGGCAAAGGGAGUCAUCCGAGGCAGAGAAUAGAUCUGCACGGGGAGGAACCGACUCGGGUUGGGGACUGGCUGUUCCUCCCCCUUCCUGGCGCAUUAAGAUCCGCCGUUCAGUCUUUCAUUGCUCAUUAAUUUAUUUUUCCUUCCUCUGCUGAGAGGUGUCUCUUUCCCGGCUAAACCCCCCCCCCCCCCCCCCCAACUGGAAAGCGAAAGGAAGCGGCAAGAAGGCAGCACCCCCCCCCCCCCCGCCUCCUUUCAGGGGCCCGUUUCGCGCUGGGCUCAUUGAACCUGGACUAAAGAGCGGCUUUCCUGAAGGUAGUGAACGGGAACGAGCCACCUUAUUCCAGCUUGAAAACCAGUGGCAGGAUCCGAACUCCGGCGAAAGGGAGCGAGGCAGAGCCUUCGCGGGGGAAAAUCCAUUGAAACUUUUGACAAACUUUUUUCGGGGGGUGCCUGAGUGGCGAGCGCGCGCGCCUUUGAGGGGUGUGAAAGAUCUGUUACAAUCCAGAGCCUUUUUGGUGCUGGAGAUUGCCCCGGAGCAGCGUCGGAUCAAGCCGGGCCGAGGACGCGGAGAAGCCAGGGGUGCGGAGUGGGCGGGGGUCCGCGUCUUCGGCGCCUCGGAAGUCGGGUUUAUGAACGGGUGAAACCAGAGACUGAAGUCUCUCUCUUCCAGCCCACCCCCUUCCAGUCCCGAGCCUUUCCCAGAUCGCCCAGGAGUAGCAGCCCCGGCCAAAGGAAGAAGCCGAGAAGAAAGCCAGGAAGAACCCCCCCACCCACCUCCCAGCCGGUUGGAAGCCUCUUUUGCCUUUCUCCAGGAAUCAUGAACUUUCUGCUAUCUUGGCUCCACUGGGGGUUGGCAGCGCUGCUUUAUUUCCACCACGCCAAGUUAUCACAGGCAGCUCCUACCGAGGGGGAUGGGGAGAGGCAUCGCCGUGAAGUUAUCCCAUUUGAGGAAGUCUUCGAUCGCAGUUUCUGCAGAUCAAUCGAGACCCUGGUCGAUAUUUUCCAGGAAUACCCUGAUGAGGUGGAGUACAUCUUCAAGCCGUCCUGUGUGCCCCUGAUGAGAUGCGCAGGCUGCUGUAAUGAUGAGGCGCUUGAGUGUGUGCCCCUAGAGAUGCAUAAUGUCACCAUGGAGAUUAUGAGAAUUAAACCCUUUCAUGGUCAGCACAUAAACCAGAUGAGCUUCCAACACCACAGUAAAUGUAGCUGCAGACCAAAGAAAGAAACCAGACUUAAACCAGAAAAAAAAUCAAAGCGAGGAAGGGGGAAGGGUCAAAAGAGAAAGCGCAAGAGACGCCGGUAUAAGCCACAAAACUUUCACUGUGAGCCUUGCUCAGAAAGGAGAAAGCACUUGUUUGUACAAGAUCCCCAGACCUGUAAAUGUUCCUGCAAAUUCACAGACUCACGUUGCAAGUCGAGGCAGCUUGAGUUAAACGAACGCACUUGCAGAUGUGAAAAACCAAGACGAUGAGCAGCAGAGAAGAAAGGGGCAGGGGAGGGUGAAUAACCUUGGUUCUGGAGCCUAAUUUCUCAUCUGGUCAAAAACACUAUCCAAAUGGACACUAAAAUGAAGGAUCAGAAGAGCACAGCACUUUUGAGUACAGAUGAUGGACUCAGGAAGGAACAUUCCCCGAAGACCCGCACAGGAUUCACCUUUUGGUUUUGGACUAUUUUAUUAUACAAACUUUCCUUCUCAUGCUGCUAAAUAAUAAAGCCAGGGAGACUAGAAUGGUAUAUGUUUUGAGAAGUCCAUAUUUACAUGAAUAAUAUAUAUGUGUGUAUAUAUAUAGAUAUACAUAUAUAUUCUAACUCUUUUAAAUCCUUGCUAACAUUAUUGAUGUCUUCACUGGAUAUACUCAACUGCUGUGGACACAAGUGAGCUACUUGGUGCAUAAGAGCAACUAUGACUCGACUUCAGCCAAAGUGCUGCAUGUAUUCUUCAUCCCUUGCUGGUUUUUCUAGAACAUACUGCUUCACUAAUGUCAUUCCCUGCAAUUCUGUAAGGAGAGGCAUUUGUUCCAGAGAGGAGGAAGCAGGGGAUUCCAGAGAUGACACCUUGGGAUAUUAUGGGUCAAAGGUCAAGGAAAUGACUCAAGAAGCUGGGACUGAGGACUCUACCAGUUUCCUUCUCCCUCCUCCCCUUUGCCCUUAUUUGUAUCAGAACAGCUUCUUUUGCUGGGACAUGAGAAACUGGUGUAUGGUUGCUGUUGUUUUUUAAAUUGACUUGCUUCAUGAACUCUGCCAUGGAUAUAAAUUUUGGCCUUAAUGAUGGAAACUGGCUGAUGCAAGAACUUCUCUGCUUGAGGAAGCAUCACUGGAAUGUUCAAUCUUCCAUCCCUGACGUUUGGCUAACAGUACAUGGAAGGAAGAAUGGGGACCGGUGCAUAGACAGGCAAUAAAAUAGCACUGUCUGAAACUAUCGUGCACAGAGCUGCCACUGAGGAGCAUCCCAGAUGCUUAUGGAACAUCUCCAGAAAGGGAUAUUAAUCAAAAGUAUAUAUGUAUAGUGUGAUGGGUGUGAGUGAGUGUCUUGUGUAUGGGGUGUAUAUGUUCACAAUUAUAGAGGCCAUUUUUGGUGCCUGUAAUGUGUUCAGCAUUGGCUUACUCACUAUCUCUAGAUGGGAGCUUACCUCUGAUGUUAAAAAUUCUUUGAUUCUUGAGCUGUCAUAACCUGUGAAUGUAUUGAGAGGCUUGCUUUGCUAAAGUUAUUUAUCUGUUUUUAGAAAAUAUGUCACCACUACAACUGUGGGAUUGUGUUGCCUAUUCCACUAAGAGCUUUGAAGAGUUCAGAUGCAACAUAAUGCUUAUUGAAUGAGUUCUAUGAAGCAUAGAUCUGAUAGGCAAAAGCUCAUGCUUUGCUCUCAGUUAACCUUAGUAUUUUAGAAACAUCAUAGUUUGUAGUGAGAUAUGAUUAUUUGUAAUACAUACGCUCUCUUCUGGACAGGCCCUCUACAUAGGGAAGACUGUUCUUAGAGUCUUAAGAAGUAAACAGGUUGAACAUGUGCCAUGUGGAAUUUUAGGCCUUAGUAGAUUUUCUUAUUCGGUUGUUGACUAUUCAGUGGUGUAAAGUUCUGAGGACAUUCAUCUGAGCUUGGCCGUACUUCAUAAAUCUAAUGCAGCCAACCCAUACAUUCUUGAAAGAGCUGCUUCUGCACUAAAAGAUUAAGCACAUUGGUAUUUGGAGCUACUUCAAGGUUGGUAGAGUUUCUGUAAGGCUAGUAUUUUAAGACUUCCUAGGGCUUGACAGUAUCACCCAGUUCCCUUGAGAUUAAAAUACAAUUCCUAAUUUGUAACAUCAAACCCAGCCAUUAGCUAUGAUGAAAUGUAUGUUUAUGCAUCAUCUGGUAGCCAUAAUUGCCACAUCUAUAAUUGCCCCAGCAGAUCUGCCUGUAUAAUUGCCCCCAACUACAUAAAAUGCCUUGGAACUUUAAAAUUGACAAGAGCACCAUUUUAACACUUGGGCUAGCCUAGUAGCCAUUUUGGUAUGUGUCAUUUGGCAUAAGUGUUCGUGGGAUGCUAAGUGCCUUGCUAUGUAAAGCACUUUGAUGUUUCUUAUACCCCCAAACCACUAGACACAUUAAAAAUUCCCAGAAGGGAGGUGGUGGGGUAUGUCCCACAAGUGCCUGAACCUUGCUGACAAGAUUCUCUCUCUCUCUCUCUCUCUCUCUCUCUCUCUCUCUCUCUCUCUCUCUCUCUCUCUGCUUUGGCAUUAAAUGAGUUGCCAUAAUGGGACAUUUCUGAUAGUUUGGCAAGCACAGCCUUACAGUCUAUGGGCAGAAUACACUGUUAACCUUUGGGUGUGUGCAGUUUUUAUUGAAGCUUAGUUAGGGGCUUUGUUGUAGGACAAUAGCCUUAUUGGUGCUACAAAGGCAGAUUUUCCAUUUUCUAGCAUCUGUGAUGUACGUUGAUUCCACUGUAUGCAGGUGCAGAUGUGCCGUGCAUACCUUUAGGGUUAGAAAUGGUGUUACUCAAUGCUUAUAUAAAUGUGAUGGAAAUAUACUGGCAUAAAGUGUGCACUCACAUAGACACAAAUAACAUUUUUUAUGUGUCUUUAGAGGCUUCAGACCAAAGAUAUAUAUACUACAGCAAGCUGACUACAUGCAUGUACCCAUCUGGUUGCCCCAAAGACGGUCAGUGAGGCUAGCUUUGAAAAUGCUGAUCACCUUGGAGGGAGGCUGAAUACUAGCUUUUACUUUCUUCUGCCAUAGGGGAGGGAGGAUACCCCUGAAUUCUGUUCCCACCUUACCCCCAAAAUGACUGGAACUAUCCAGUCUGACAAAGUGUUUAUCUGUUAAGCACUGCACACGCCUCUCAAGCCGGUGUCUAAAGCUGCCUGUGUAGUGUGGAAUUCAGUAGUCUACUGUUAUAAACAGCCCCUUUUUGUACACAUGAAGGCCAGCUUCCCUUUUCUCAUUAGACUUGAGCAUGUCUUUAGUUCUGAGUUUGGCUUUUUUAACACAAGCUAAACUUGGUCUUUGUCAGAAUGUUGGCAGAUUCUUACUUGCCUACCAACUAGUGAAAUAACAGCUUAAAAUCAACUUGUAACAUGAUCAACCACUAUGAGUUCCCGCUUCCAGCCGGUAGCAAAUGUGGUGUGUACAUUGUGGAUGAGUGGGUAAGUGUGUAUGUGCAGCUGAAGUGUCUGUGUGUGUGUGUGUGUAUACACAUACUGUGAGAGCUGACAGUGUUCCAUAUACUUGUUUAAUAUCCCUUUUUAAAAUUAGAAAUUAAAAAUAAUUUAAUUAAAAGUAGGGAUUUUUUUCAGUAUUCUUUGUUAAUAUUUUAUUUCACUAUUUAUAAGCCGUACCUCUUUUUUUUGUACUGUUAUGUAUAAAAUUUAACUCUCCUGUUCCAUCCCAUCUCUCCCCAAUUGUUGGCAGAGUCAGUAGCAUGUUAUGAUCAGUUAUUUAAUAUCUCUCUAACAUCCCCCUUCACAUUCCUUUUGAGACAAGAGUUAGGUAUACAUCUACAUACUAUAUAUAUAUUUGGCUAUAUAUAUAUAUGUAUAUAUAAAUAUAUAUAUUUAUGUAUAUGUGUGAUUUGGAUUAAAUACACUACGAUUUUUAUAUAUGUAAAAAAACAAGGAAUAUAGAAAAUUUUACAUCCUGAAUCUUUUUUAAAAUUUUAAUAUUAUCAUUUUAUUUAUUGGUGCUACUGUUUAUCUGUAAUAAUUGCGGGGAAAAAGAAAUUAACAUCACAUUGUGUUUAGUGGAUUAUUUUCAAGAUAUUCCGUAGUACAUAUUUAUUUUUAAACAAAAAAUAACAAAUAUAUCUUUAAAAAACGAAACACCGUUUAUGACCGACAAACUUUUUUUGUAUUAAAUAAUUUAAAUCUGU